CGUUUCUGUUUCUCUUUUCACUACGCAAACCGCUGCUGUGAUUCAUUGAACUUCUAAAACCAAAACAAAAAACAAAAACAAUGGAGAUUGAAAAAACACACCGGAGAUCGAUCACGGCGUGAUUUCUCGUCACCGGAAAAUUAACAGAAUCAAACCUUCGGCAGCCAAUGGGAGACACUCGUGGCGGAUGCUGUCCCCCGAUGGAUCUGUUCCGUUCCGAGACAAUGCAAUUGGUUCAACUAAUCAUUCCGAUGGAGUCCGCUCGUCUCACUGUAUAUUAUCUCGGCAAACUCGGCCUCCUACAAUUCAAAGAUCUGAAUUCAGAUAAAAGUCCAUUUCAACGAACUUAUGCUGGUCAGAUUAAAAAAUGUGGAGAGAUGGCACGCACUUUGCGGUUUUUCAAGGAGCAAAUGCUAAAAGCAGGCGUUUCCCCUUCAGCGAAAUCUGUGGAAGAAACUGAGAUAGAUGUGGAUGACCUAGAGGUGAAACUAGCAGAACUUGAGGCUGAGCUAACUGAAAUGAAUGCAAAUGGUGAAAAAUUGCAACGCAGUUAUAAUGAGCUGGUUGAGUAUAAGAUUGUUUUGAGGAAGGCUGGUGACUUUUUUCCUUCAGCACAACACAGUGCUACAGCUCGGCAAAGGGAAAUGGAAUUAAAUCAAAUGGUUGAAGAAUCCAUAGAAACUCCAUUGUUACAGGAGCAAGCAACCUCGACAGAUUUAUCAAAGCAAGUGAAGCUGGGGUUUGUUACUGGCCUUGUUUCUAGGGGGAAGUCUAUGGCAUUUGAGAGGAUUUUAUUUCGUGCAACUAGGGGAAAUGUGUUCCUCAAACAGGUUCCUAUAGAGGCACCUAUCACUGACCCUGUUUCUGGAGAGAAGAUGGAGAAAAAUGUAUUUAUGGUUUUCUAUUCUGGAGAAAGAGUAAAAAACAAAAUUCUCAAGAUCUGUGAUGCUUUUGGAGCUAAUCGUUAUCCUUUUGCUGAGGACUGUGGCAAACAGGCUCUGAUGAUUUCUGAGGUAUCAGGAAAAAUUUCAGAGCUAAAAAGUACCAUAGAUGCUGGAUUGCUUCACCGGGACCAUUUGUUGCGGACUAUUGGUGACCAGUUUGAGCAAUGGAACCUUAAGGUCAAGAAGGAGAAAUCAAUCCAUCACACUCUGAAUAUGCUUAGUCUUGAUGUAACAAAGAAAUGUCUUGUGGCUGAGGCAUGGAGCCCUGUUUUUGCCACAAAACAGAUUCAGGAUGUACUGCAGCGGGCUUCAGUUGACUCCAACUCUCAAGUUGGAGCCAUUUUCCAGGUCUUGCAUACAAGAGAGUCACCACCAACCUACUUUCGCACAAACAAAUUUACUUCUGCUUUUCAGGAAAUUGUUGAUGCAUAUGGGGUGGCAAAGUAUCAGGAAGCAAAUCCAGGUGUAUACACUAUUGUUACCUUCCCUUUCCUUUUUGCCGUCAUGUUUGGUGAUUGGGGGCAUGGAAUAUGCUUGUUACUUGCAACAUUAUUUUUUAUUAUCCGGGAACAGAAAUUGUCGAGUCAGAAGCUUGGAGAUAUAACAGAAAUGACAUUUGGUGGCCGUUAUGUUAUUAUGAUGAUGUCACUCUUCUCAAUUUAUACCGGGUUUAUUUAUAACGAGUGUUUCUCUGUAGCUUUUGAUUUAUUUGCUCCCUCAGCUUAUGCUUGUCGUGAUCUCUCUUGCCGGGAUGCAGAUUCUAUUGGUUUGAUUAAGGUGCGUGACACUUACCCAUUCGGGGUGGAUCCUGCGUGGCAUGGUACCCGUAGUGAGCUGCCAUUCCUAAACUCUCUGAAAAUGAAAAUGUCAAUCCUUCUUGGGGUGGCUCAGAUGAACCUCGGAAUUCUUUUAAGUUAUAGCAAUGCAACAUUCUUUGGUAAUAGUCUGAACAUCUGGUUUCAAUUUAUCCCCCAGAUGAUAUUUUUGAAUAGCCUAUUUGGUUAUCUAUCACUCCUUAUCAUCGUGAAAUGGUGCACGGGUUCGCAAGCUGAUUUGUACCACAUAAUGAUAUAUAUGUUCCUGAGCCCUACUGAUGAAUUGGGUGACAAUCAGCUUUUUCCGUAUCAAAAGACAGUUCAGCUCGUGCUAUUAUUACUUGCUUUGGUUUCCGUGCCAUGGAUGCUAUUACCGAAGCCAUUUCUUUUAAAGAAACAACAUGAAAAUAGGCAUCAAGGCCAAUCAAACACACAAGUUCAAAGCACGGAUGACGCUCUCUCAGAGGAGAAUCAUGAUUCCCAUGGUCAUGGUCACGAGGAAUUUGAGUUCAGUGAAGUCUUUGUGCAUCAACUCAUACAUACCAUAGAGUUUGUGCUCGGUGCCGUUUCAAAUACAGCCUCAUACCUUCGAUUAUGGGCCCUAAGUCUUGCUCACUCACAAUUGUCAAUUGUGUUCUACGAGAAGGUUCUUCUCCUUGCUUGGGGAUACAACAAUAUGGUCAUCCUCGUUGUUGGCAUCAUCAUCUUCAUUUUUGCAACUGUCGGUGUAUUGCUUAUUAUGGAAACCUUAAGCGCUUUCCUACAUGCAUUGAGACUUCAUUGGGUCGAAUUCCAGAACAAAUUCUACGAGGGAGACGGUUACAAGUUCUAUCCAUUUUCAUUCAUCUUGAUCGAUGAUGAAGACCAUUGAAGCAACAAAGAAUCGAAUAAAAACGAUGUCGGCGGAGUUGAAUUUUGAUAGAGGUAACGAGUUUUUCUUGAAAUUUUUUUAAAUUCGAAAAUCAGAUUUUAAUGCAUUCCCUGUAAGGGGGAGUUGAAACUUUCAACAGCCCCAACACUGCUUUUUUCCCUUCCGAUUGGUGAUUUUUUUUUUUCUGUUAGCAGUUAUUUAAUAAUGUUUUGAUAUAUAUAUUUUUUUCUAUCUAAAUAAAAGAACUCAAAAUUGUUUA